GGCCGCGAGCCUCUGCCUGCUGGUAUCAAUGUGUCAGAGCUACUCGCUCUACCAGGAACAGAUUCCCAACGGCAACAAAGUUCCUCAUCCGUGCAAGAAAAACUACCGGUGGCCAGGCGUUGGCCACAACAACUCCUCUAGGAGGAGGGGCCAGAAACCAGUUUGGAGUGGACUUUCAGGCAGCUGGUUUCAAGUGGACGGAAGCAUUGUGCCAGAUGGACUCAGACGGCGACGGCAGAACAAACGGACAGGAACUGGGAGAUCCCAACUGUGUCUGGGCCCAAGGCAAGUUCCCACAGAGAAACUCGUGGUAUCACCAACCCAG